AGUUAUUACAUAUGAGUGUUGUCUAUUACACAAAAGAAAACCGAUGAAUAGAUUAAAUACGGACAUUUCUAAAAAUUAUCAACAGUGUUUUAAUAAAAUAACCUUGAGCGAUAGACUGUGACACUGGCAUUUACUGGUUUGUAGAACUGCUAGUCGAAUAGGAAGGUGAACAUUAAGAGAGCUUAUGGUAGGGAAAAAAUAUUUAAAAAACGUUACGAUGAAAAUAAAAAUGUAAAAAUGUUAGUGAAUUACGUGCUGCUACGAAAUACGCGGUGUUUACUACCAGGGGAAUACCGCAACCUCGAAGAAUAAAAGAAGGAAGGCUUAAGAAUACUGAGGACUGAGGGACUCGGCUCGUGUCCCAUCAACUUCUAGCUGAUCAGUUCUUCGGCAGCUAUCGUACCAGUUUAAUACCCGCGACUUUAAGUCUUUCUUUUUAUUUAAAUACUUUAACACUAAUUUUACCCAAUUAUUAGUUAUUUUGACAAACGUAAUAUCAGUCUGUGAUAUCAAAUAUCAGAUAAAAUGACAAUGAAAUCGAAACCGACAAUUGGUGAGUGGUUCAAAAAUCGUCAUGUACUAAUUACCGGAGCGACAGGUUUUAUGGGUAAAGUCCUUGUUUCGAAAUUAUUGGUGAGUUGCCCGGAUGUUGAAAAAAUUUAUCUACUUGUACGUGAAAAGAAAGGGAUUGAUCCAGAGACCAGAUUGCAAUCGAUUGUUCAGCAAGAACCAUUCAGAGCAUUGCGUGAAGAGAAUCCAGAAAAAUUAAAAAAAUUGGUAGUGAUACCCGGUGACGUAACUGUCGAAGGAUUAGACUUGUCACCGACAAACCGAGAUUGUCUAAUACGCAAAGUCUCAGUGGUAUUUCACGGUGCAGCCAAUGUCAAGUUCGACACACCACUUAGAGAUGCCAUUACCAUGAAUACGAAAGGAACAGCUAAUGUUUUAGCAUUAGCCAAACAGAUGAAUAAUUUGGAAUCGUUUGUACAUAUUUCGACGGCCUUUUCGCAAUGCGGUGAAAAAGAGCUUGAAGAGCGUGCAUAUUCUACGCCUAUUCCCCCAGAGAACGUUAUGACACUUGUGGAUAUUGUCGACGAUGAUCUUCUGGAGACGAUGACCCCGAAACUGCUAGGGGUCCAGCCUAAUACUUAUGCUUUCAGUAAAUCUCUUGGUGAAGAUUUGGUUAAUAGAUCUGGUUUACCUGCUGGAAUUGCGCGACCUUCUAUUGUGAUCGCGUCUUGGAAAGAGCCGGCACCCGGUUGGAUCGAGAGCAUGAACGGACCCACGGGUCUGAUGAUCGGCGCAGCGAAGGGCGUGAUUCGCAGCGUACUUUGCGACGCCGAUCUUCUUAUCGACGCAGUGCCCUGUGACAUUGCAGUGAACGCGAUAAUCGCACUCGCCUGGCGAGUGGGAUUAGAACACCCAAAGGUACCGGUUAUCAUAAACGUCACUGAGAGCGGCGAGAACCCGAUGACUUGGGGAGAAGCUUUAGAAUACGGUCGUAAACACGCCCUAUCAAAUCCGUACUCUGGAAUAUUGUGGUAUCCAAGAGGUGGAAUUACGAACAACAAAUUCGUACAUUUACUCAGCGUAUUUUUACUCCAUUUAUUACCGGCUUAUUUUAUUGAUGGUAUUUGUGUAUUGACCGGAAAUAAACCUUUUUUAGUUAGAAUUCAAAGUAGAGUAAGCUGGGGAUUAAGAUUAGUUCAAUAUUAUACAAUAAAACCCUGGAUAUUUAGAAACGAUAGGAUAAAAGAGCUGAGACAGAGUUUAUCGCCAGCUGAUAAAGAAACUUUCUUUAUGGACACAAAAGCCUACGAGUGGGAUUCUUACAUGAAAACUUACGUCCUGGGCGCAAGAAAAUACAUUCUCAAAGAAGAUCCUUCUACUCUCCCACAAACCAGACGCAUAUUUUUCUACUACUGGGUCGCUGACGGUAUCGAGUUGCCGGAUCGGCUGGCGGACAUGUUUAAGGGACAGGAAUUAUUGAUAACUGGGGGUACUGGAUUUCUUGGGAAAGUUAUGAUUGAGAAAUUUUUAAGAUGCAUCCCAGACGUAGGAAGAAUUCAUGUUCUUGUACGGGCGAAAAAGGGCAAAGAUCCAAAACACCGUUUAGAUGAAAUAUUCAACUCACCGCUGUUUGAAAAAGUUAGAGAAUUACGAGGGCUGCCAUUUAUUCAAAAUAAGGUAUCGAUAGUAAGUGGCGAUGUGUCAUUACCUAACUUGGGAUUAUCAUUAGAGGACAGAAUGAUGCUUUGUGAAAAAGUCAGUAUAGUUUAUCACGCUGCUGCAACCGUCAGAUUCGAUGAAUUACUUAAACGUGCAGUUCUACUCAAUACCCGAGGCACUAAGAAUAUGAUUGAAUUGGCUAAAGAGAUGAAACACUUGCUCGUGUUUGCUCACAUCAGUACAGCUUAUUGUCACCUGGAAGAGAAAGUACUUGGGGAGAAAGCUUACCCACCACCAGCAGACCCGCACAAAAUAAUUAAGUGCGUCGAAUGGAUGGACGAUGAUGUUGUUGAAGCAAUGACUGGCAAAAUACUUGGUGCAUUGCCUAACACUUACGCAUUCACUAAAGCACUAUCCGAGGGUUUAGUUGAAGAAGCUAUGGCUCAUAUACCAGCAAUUAUUCUUCGUCCAAGUAUUGUGAUACCUAUUUGGCAAGAACCGUUGCCAGGUUGGACAGACAACAUAAAUGGACCAACGGGUUUACUCAUUGGAGCUGGAAAAGGCGUUAUUAGGACAAUGUACUGUGAUGAACGCGGUUAUGCAGAUUAUUUGCCAGUGGACAUUGCGGUUAACGCGAUCCUAGCUUGCACAUGGAAUUUCGUUGGUAUUAAAGAUGAAAGUAGACGUGUGUACAAUCUAACGAGUAGCCACGAGUUCAAGGUAACUUGGAGAGAAAUUGUUGAACGUGGUCGUAAACUAGCGCAAAAGGUACCAUUCAAUGGCAUUGUUUGGUAUCCUGGUGGCAGUAUGAAGCAAUCAAAAGUGAUGCACAAUAUCUGCGUCUUGUUAUUUCAUAUGAUACCCGCAUAUUUUAUUGAUAUUUUGUUAUUUUUCACUGGCCAUAAACCUGUAAUGUGCCGUGUACAUCGACGUAUUCAAAAAGGCUUUGAAGUUUUUGAAUACUACGCUAACAAUCAAUGGGACUUUAAAAACGACAGUAUAGAUGUCAUACGACAGAGAUUCAAUGACCGGGAACGGAUCAACUACAAACUUGAUGGCGAUGGUUUGGAUUUGGAUGUUUAUUUCGAAGCCUGCAUACGAGCUGCGCGUAUUUAUAUACUUAAUGAACCACCAGAGACACUGCCCGCUGCUCGAAGGCAUUUGGCAUUGAUGUAUGUCAUUGACUUGCUGACAAAAAUGAUAUUCUUUGGGUUCAUUAUGUUCACACUAUACAGCUGGAGUAUCAGGUUGAAGGCUUAUGCGUUCGAUUAGACUCAUUAUUAUCAUUAUCAAUAGUCAAAAUAAAUAUAAAAAAAAAUCAUUACUAUUGACACUAUUAUCAUUACUUUGUUAAUCAUUAUUGAACUUUAGUAUUUUCUUUUGCUUCUCUUUAUACUUUUUAUCAAUACCUAUGUAUUGUUUGUGAACCAAAUAAACUUAUCAACAUAUA